GCCGCACGCCGCCCAGCGGGACCGCCGCCGCCGCAGCCAUGGAGGGAGUGAAAAAGCGCCAGGAUAAAGACACGUCAAAAGGAAAAAAAACACAGGAUGCUUCAGGCACAGCUCCAACAGAAGGAAAGGCAAAGUCAAAAAGCCGUAACACGUACAGACUGGAGCCACGCACUAAAGUUCAGGAUGGCUUAUUACAAGACAAAGCUCAAGCGAUACUAAUGAAUAAACUACAAGAAGCCACAUACGAUGGAGCUUCUAGUCCCUUCCUGUGUGCUUCAAUCUCAGAAGAAAUAUUAAAUGCUGUGAAGGAAUUGGACUAUGACCGUUAUAAGUAUGUGGUAUCAGUGCUAAUUGUGGAAAAGGCAAAUCAGGCAAUGAUUGUUGCCAGCAGAUGCCUCUGGGAUGCUCAAAGAGACACUUGGGUUUCAGCUAAAUGUGAAACUGAUACAUUUAUUGCACUGGCUUUGGUAAUGGCUUGUUAUUACGACUAAAACUCUGAAAGUCGCAGCUGCAUUUGUGAAUCACAAUACAUGGUAUAUUUGAAAAUUUUCAAAACA